AUGGCACACAAGGACCGUCAAAUUCACCAUUUUGGUCACCAUGAAGAAUACCACCUCGAGAUACCUGACAUGGUCGACGAUCGAUUCAAGGUGGAAAGCCGCUUAGGUGCAGGAAGCUUUGGUGUACUUCAUGAAGGUGUCAAUGUCGAGACCAACCAACCUGUUGCUAUAAAGCUAGAACCAGGCAACUGCCGUGUCCAACAAUUACAAGACGAAUACAGGAUUUAUCGUUUGCUCGGUGGAGCAGCUGGAUUUCCAAAUGUUUACUAUUAUGGUCACAAGGGUGGAUACAACAUUAUGGUCAUGGAUCUUUUGGGACCCAAUCUCGAUGAGCUCUUUGGUCUUUGUGAUCACCAAUUCUCACAAAAAACAGUGGCGAUGCUUGCAAAAAGAAUGCUACGCUUGCUCCAGGUGGUACACGAUCUUGGUUUGAUCUACAGAGAUGUGAAGCCCGACAAUUUUCUCAUUGGGCGUCCCAAAACCGACACUGCCAAUGCGUUGUUCAUGAUCGAUUUCGGUAUGAGCAAGCCCUAUCGUGAUGAAAAGACCGGUGCACAUAUCCCUUUCAGAGAACGUGGAUGUAUAUCGGGAACGGCUCGUUACAUGAGUCUCAAUGCCCAUGAAGGAGGAGAGCAAUCACGUCGCGAUGAUUUGGAAUCCUUGGGUUAUGUGCUGCUAUAUCUUUUACGGGGAUCAUUGCCAUGGCAAGGUGUCAAGGAGGCAAAUCAGGAAGCAAAAUACGAACGGAUUGAGGAACUCAAAAGGAAAACGUCCAUUGCUCAAUUGUGUGCAGGGUUUACAGUGGAAUUUAGCAUUUAUCUCCAUUACGUGCGCAAGUUAAAGUUUGAUGAGGAUCCAGAUUAUGCCUUUUGUGUAUCGUUGUUCGACAAGGCGCUUAAGCGAUUAGACGCACAAGAUGAUGAAGAAUACGAUUGGAUGCUGAUUAAUGAUGGGAAAGGAUGGGAGGCUUCUGAACGAAAGAAAAAGGAGCCCUUGAUGUUAACGUAUUAA